UGCAUUGGUUCGGUCACCGGGGAGACCGUUGCCGGGAAACGCGGUGUCAGAAGCCCCGCGGGUUGUGCUGCCGCAGGUCCAGACCAUCUCAAGUUCCCGCUCUGCAUAACAAGGCAGACAGGCUGCUGCAUCUGGACCCAGUGGAGCUUUCUCCAGAAUAAUGGCCAGUAAGAAGAAGGAGCUAAUACUGCAGGUUACUAUCAAUAACCAGGAGCUUUGGGAGGAAAUGUUGGGUUUCAAAGGACUGAUAGUUGUUGAUGUGUAUCAGGGCUGGUGUGGUCCAUGCAGAACAGUCGUGAACCUUUUCAGAAAAAUAAGGAAUGAGCUUGGUGAUGACCUCCUGCAUUUUGCUGUGGCUGAAGUAGAUUCCAUUGAUGCUCUAGAGAACUACAGAGGAAAAUGUGAACCUACCUUUCUGUUUUAUGCAGGAGGAGAAUUAGUAGCUGUUGUAAGAGGAGCCAAUGCACCACUGUUACAGAAAACGAUCCUGGACCAGCUGGAGGCAGAAAGGAAGGUUUUAGAACAAGGAGCAGAACGUGUGGUGGUAAUCAAGGGUCUCAAUAUAUACAUCCAUGCAGGCAUGUUGUCACAAGAAAGGAUCCCUUCCUCCUCAUAAAACUGUCUCUGGUAAAGAGCACACACAAGCACUAUCUAUAUUGGCUGAGGGUAUAAAAAGCACACCCCCUCCAACAUCCACCAGUUCUCUCACCCUCCAGAAGCCAUCUCUGGAGUUGGCCUCCAAAACACAGAAUGAAGCUGACAUUUCAAACAUGAUCAUGAUGGGCUUUUUUUUUUUUUUACCUUUUUGCACAUCUGUGAUGGUGUGUAUAAACCCCACUCAAGCCAAGAAGGGGUUAACUAGCUCUGUUAACCCCAGCUGAUUACACCUGGAGGGUGUGUCAGCCCCAGGGAAGAGUUUAAAGGAAGGAGUUUAGAGGUUUGGGGAACAAGAGACUCAGGAAUAGUCUGGAGGUUAAACUCUGUGGACAGGACCUGACAGAGGGAGAACUGUGCGAAAGCUACAGGAGUAGCAUUAACUCCUAUGGUGAACCUUGAAAAAGAAGAAUAACUCCAGGGGGAAGCUUGGGUAGAUGCUGCUUUGGAAGAAGAGUGAGACUGGAGAUGUGUUGAGCACCAGUAUUGUGUUGGACACUACUUGUUUGGGACACUGAUAGCCUGAAAGGGGUGGAACUAUCAUGUGACCUGGCCAUAGAGCCAAGUCACCACCAUAUCAGACCACUGAAGUCCUAAGAACCCAAGUAGAGUUGCCUAAAUGCUGGGUCACACCACAAGUGGGUGCUCUGGGAUGGUGACUGCAGAGAUGGGAAGAGGGUUUGCUGAGAGACUGUGAGCUUUAGAAGAAGUUGUGCAAAUCAGCAAAAUUGCAGGAAGAGAGCCAAGAAACCAUAUAUGCAGAUGUCACAUAGUGGAGGAUUAAGAAUGGAUGGGAGAGGAAAACAAGAUAAAAUCAGUUAGUGUAAGAAAGGGCACCAAAACCUUGCCCCAAAUAGAUAGCCCGGACAACAGUGUGGGAGGUGUGGACAUGACUGUAAAAACAGAUAAUAGCCAGCAUGUAGGGAAAAGUGCAGAGUCUGCUGGAAGUACAAACAGUGCAGAAGAACAUGGUAAAUACAGUGAAGGAAUCUAGUGUUGAGACCUUGUACAUUGAUCUCAUACAGGAGUUGCCAUAGGACAUCCUCAAAGGAGAGGCCUGAGCCAAUCCCCUUUGAGGGAUUGUGCUGGUGUCACUGUAGACCUAGCUAGCUCCAGCACUAGCCCAGCUGCUCCACCACUUGCUUAUUAAUACUCCCUUUAUUUUGGCACAUCCCCUGAGCCUUUUAUUUCCCAAGUGCAAGACUUUUGAAUGGAUGGUAUCGUUAAUGAAUGAGAAAUAACUGCCUGUAACUUUGCUACUCAGAAGAUGGCCUCACAUGAGAUGUGCAGAGCAGGAGGUGUGUUUCUCAGGAGGCUACAUUCCUUGAGUUUAUUGUACCUCUUGCCCAGGAAGUUGAGCUUGUGUGCUUGUCUGAGCCAGAUUGUGCUUCUUGUCUCCUACCGGUUUUUAUUGGCAGCGUUUCCUUCUCUCAUGAUUCAGGAACAAACAGAGAGGUUUGGGCAGCUAGUUCCUUAGUUGCACGCUUUGCACCUAUGGAGAACCCUGCUGCACAGCCCAGUGACUAAGGCUGGCCAUUGGUGAACAGUCUUACCUUGAAAACAGCAAGAAGCAAAUGGAUCCAGUCCAGCUUUCUGCUGUGGCACAUUGGAGGGUUUAUGAUUGGCACAUGUAUGGAGUGUGAUAGGUCACUAAGUGUGGUGUGAAUCCUGCAAUCACUGCUCAUUCAUGUG